CCCUGAAACACAUGUUUUGAAUUGUUAGUGUUGUUGCGAAACUAAACUCAAUCUACAAAUAUUUUGGAUACUUUGAAGAAGCAACAACGUUUCUAUGUUUGCCCAGCGAACGUGUCUAACUUUUUCCAGCCGCAAAUCGAUUUUUGCCCAAGCCGUAACAGCUGUUCUACAUCGACAUAAGGGAAAGUGCUAUAAUAACCUGGUUGUCGGACGAAGGACGAUUGUAACAUCCAAAUCUAGAAUGACAUUGACAGAAGUUUCGCCAAAUCAGAAAAUAAAAGUGGAGCAGAUGGAGCCAAUUUUGCGCGUAAAUAAUAUUGAAAAGUCACAACAAGAUACUCGAGACUAUCGAGGUUUGCAGUUGGAAAAUGGUUUAAAAGUAUUAUUAAUAUCGGAUCCAAGCACUGAUGUCUCAGCUGCUGCACUCUCUGUGCAGGUUGGGCACAUGUCCGAUCCAGAGGAUUUGCCUGGCCUGGCGCACUUUUGCGAGCAUAUGCUCUUCCUGGGCACGGAGAAGUACCCGCAUGAGAAUGGGUAUACCACGUACCUCUCGCAGAGCGGCGGCAGCAGCAAUGCCGCCACGUAUCCGCUUAUGACGAAGUAUCAUUUUCAUGUGGCGCCGGACAAGCUGGACGGUGCGCUGGAUCGUUUUGCACAGUUCUUCAUUGGCCCACUAUUUACGCCCAGCGCAACGGAGCGAGAAAUCAAUGCGGUUAAUUCGGAGCAUGAGAAAAAUUUGUCCAGCGAUUUGUGGCGCAUUAAGCAAGUACAUCGACAUUUGGCCAAACCGGAUCAUGCGUAUAGCAAAUUCGGCAGCGGUAACAAGGCCACGCUCUCUGACAUACCCAAAACGAAGGGCAUAGAUGUGCGCGAAGAACUAUUAAAGUUUCACAAACAAUGGUACUCUGCGAACAUCAUGUGCCUGUCGGUCAUAGGAAAAGAAAACUUGGAUCAAUUAGAAACAAUGGUGAUCGAAAAAUUCUCCGAAAUAGAAAAUAAGAAUGUAAAGGUACCGGAAUGGCCCAGGCAUCCGUAUGGCGAAGAGCAGUACGGUCAGAAGCUAAAGAUCGUGCCCAUUAAGGAUAUACGCUCGCUAACAAUUAGCUUUACGACCGACGAUCUGACCCAGUACUACAAAUCGGCGCCUGACAACUAUUUAACGCAUCUUAUUGGACACGAAGGCAAGGGCAGCAUAUUAUCUGAGCUGCGAAGGCUUGGCUGGUGCAAUGAUCUUAUGGCUGGUCAUCAGAACACCCAGAAUGGCUUUGGAUUCUUCGAGAUUGUGGUGGAUUUAACGCAGGAGGGCUUGGCUCACGUAGAUGACAUUGUGAACAUAGUAUUUCAGUAUUUGUGCAUGCUGCGUAAGGAAGGACCCAAGAAAUGGAUAUUUGAUGAGUGUGUGAAAUUAAACGAAAUGCGCUUCCGUUUCAAGGAGAAGGAACAACCUGAGAAUCUCGUUACGCAUGCUGUAUCAUCCAUGCAAAUAUUUCCACUGGAAGAGGUGCUAAUUGCACCUUAUAUGAGCAACGAAUGGCGUCCCGAAUUGGUUUGCAAUCUUUUGAACGAAUUGGUGCCCUCAAAGAGUCGCAUUUCUUUGGUUAGCCAGAGUUUUGAAGGUUCUACCGAUAUGACAGAGCCCUAUUACAAAACGAAAUAUGGCUUGGAGCGGAUACCCCAGUGCACAAUUGAGAGAUGGGAAAAUUGCGAUGUAAAUGAGAAUCUAAAGCUGUCACUGCCAAAUAGUUUUAUACCGAACAAUUUCGAUAUUGCCGAAGUGCCCAGCGAUGCACCAAUACAUCCCACAAUUAUAAUGGAUACGCCGAUUCUGCGAGUGUGGCACAAGCAGGACAAUCAAUUCAAUAAGCCCAAAGCUUGCAUGACCUUCGACAUGUCCAAUCCGAUUGCCUAUUUGGAUCCACUGAAUUGUAACUUAAACCACAUGAUGGUAAUGCUGCUGAAGGAUCAACUGAACGAAUAUCUGUAUGACGCAGACCUGGCUAGUCUCAAGCUAAACGUGACAACCAAACCAGGCGGCAUCGAUUUUACCAUACGCGGAUUCAACGACAAGCAGGUGGUAUUGCUUGAGAAGCUUUUGGAUCACCUGUUUAAUUUUUGCAUAGACGAAAAACGCUUUGACAUACUUAAAGAAGAGUACAUUCGAUCUUUAAAGAAUUUUAAGGCCGAACAACCCUAUCAGCAUUCCAUUUAUUAUUUAGCACUGCUACUCACUGAGAAUGCCUGGGCAAAUGUUGAGCUAUUAGAUGCUAUGGAACUUGUUUCCUAUGACCGAGUGCUAAAUUUUGCCAAUGAGUUCUUCCAGCGUUUGCACACAGAAUGCUUUAUUUUCGGAAAUGUGACCAAACAACAGGCAUUGGAUAUUGCGGGUCGUGUCAAUAAACGAUUAGAGGGAACAAAUGCCACGAAAUUGCCAAUCUUGGCUAGACAGAUGCUCAAAAAACGCGAGUACAAAUUAUUGCCAGGUGAUAGUUAUUUGUUCGAAAAGGAGAAUGAGUAUCACAAGAGCUCAUGCACCCAGCUCUAUAUGCAGUGUGGUGCUCAAACGGAUUUGACCAAUAUUAUGGUCAAUCUGGUAUCCCAAGUGCUGUCCGAGCCCUGCUACGAUUGUCUGCGCACCAAGGAGCAGUUGGGCUACAUUGUGUUCAGCGGUGUGCGCAAAGUCAACGGCGCCAAUGGUAUUCGCAUCAUUGUGCAAUCAGCGAAGCAUCCGGCUUAUGUGGAAGAUCGCAUCGAGAACUUUUUGCAGAACUAUUUACAAGUCAUUGAGGACAUGCCUCAAGAUGAAUUCGCGCGCCAUAAGGAGGCGUUGAUUGUGAAGAAGCUCGAGAAGCCGAAGACAAUAUUCCAGCAAUUUAGUCAGUUCUAUGGAGAAAUCGUUAUGCAGACUUAUCACUUUGAAAGGGAGGAGGCCGAGGUCGCGAUUCUCCGCAAGAUAACAAAAGCCGAUUUUGUGGAUUACUUUAAGAAAUUUAUAGCAAAGGACGGGCAAGAGCGUAGAGUCUUAUCUGUCCACAUUGUCUCGACACAAAAAGAUGAGAAUGCAACAACGACCGCCGAGGAGGAGGAAAGUGCGGCAGCCUGCACUCAACGUCAUACCACAAUUAACGAUAUUGUGGCAUUCAAAUCGUGCAAAGAAUUGUAUCCCAUUGCGAUGCCCUUCCUCGACAUCAAGGCGAAGGGUGCACGCAGCAAGCUUUAAGUCUGUAAACCCCACAAUUUCUAGUUGGCUAAUGGGAUUUGGUUGCUUUGUUUAAUGUUCUCGCAAAUAUAAACCUUUCACAAAUA